AUGGCCGAAGUCGAAAAGAAACUAGAAUCUUUAUCACUUGCUUUUUCAAAGCACCAGCAACAAAUGAACGACUUGGUUCAGUCUCGCUCACAAUUGGAAACUCAAUUUCAAGAAAAUAAGAUAGUCAAGGAAGAAUUUAGCUCACUAGAUUCAAAUAGCAAGAUAUAUAAACUAACAGGUCCCGUUUUGUUACCGCAAGACUUUAGUGAAGCUCAAUUAAACGUUGACAAGAGAAUUGAAUUUAUCAACAACGAGAUUGAUCGAGUUGAGGAGAAAAUUGCUAGUGAAGAAAAAGAAGCUGAAAAGAUAAGGAAUGAAAUUGUUGCAAUGAAAUUACAGGCAGGUCAAUGA